UCGGCCGAACACCGGUACAGUUUAGCAACAAUAUAAUAAUACUAAAUAAUAUAUCAUCAUCAUAUAUAUGCAUGCAUGGGUACUCGUGCGUAAAACCGGACGAUAUAAUUUUCUGUUUUAUGCCAGAAUUUUUUCUUGAAAGGCAUAAAACGAACGACUUUAUGCGACUCUGUGUUGAUAUGAAUUUGCUCAACGAACUACCAGAAAGCAACCGAUAAUAAUAAGAAAAUAUUAAGUACGGUUAAUGGGUUACGAAACAAUGGCACUUGGUUCAUUUUUAUCAUAUGUUUCUGAAAUAUCACAGGAUAUAUUGUAUAUAAUUUACUUAAUAUUUUACGGAGUGUAUGCAUUCGCAGUGCUUCCGUGCAAACAUUGGUUGCUCCCCCUUUGGCUGAAGCCUGUGGACAAUGAGAUUAUAUUGAUUCUAGGCCAUCAGAAUCCCUUAAUGACCGAAAUUUGCCAAAGAUUGUGUUCAAAAGCAAAGAAAUUAGUAGUUUGGACCGAUUUGGAAUCAGAAUGCGAUAGCGUCUCAAGUUUUCCAAAUGAAGGUGUCCUGAAAAAUGUCCAAUUUGAUGAACGUGAAUCCUUGGAAGAAGCGGCUGAUCAGCUCGAGAAUGAAGUUGGAACGCCCACAAUUGUCAUCAACACGUUGAAUAGCUAUUGUCCCAAGCCUGGGAAAUUGCUUUGUCAGUCCAAUGAUGAAACUAUGAAAAUUAUGCAAAUCAAUCUCACAACAAACUUCUGGGUUGCCAGAAAAUUUCUCCCAAAGAUGAUUGAAAUGAAUAAAGGACACUUUGUGCAGAUUAGCAAUUUUCCAAGAAUUUCCUGGGGUGUUACUAAUUGCGUUCCGUAUAUCGGCUCGUUGUGCGGUACCGUGGGAUUUGUGCAAUCAUUGCGAGAUAGUAUCAAACAUCACAUGGAUGGGGCUAAUAUAAAAUUUACUACUGUUAACCAUUACCUUCCUAGAAUGAAGGAUUUCUCAAAGAAAGAAUCGACUAAAAGUAAUUUAGCAAUUCGAUUACAGAACAUUACCGACUCUGAAUUGGCUGAGAGGAUUAUCACUGGAUUUCGGAGAAAUAAGGAGAAUGUCUAUGUCCCAUGUUCUUUCGGGAUUAUUUUAUGGUUGGAAAAUUUCCUCCCCCUCCAGUUCAUUCAAAAGCUGCAGAUGUACUUCGUAACAGAGGCUUAAAUAUAAAUAAAUCUUGUGUUCAAAACGAACUCUUAUCUUCAGCAAUCAUUGAAAACUGACAAUGUUGAUUUUGGAUUGAUUGAUAUAAUUAUUUGGCGAAUUAUACUUUGCCUAUCAUUAUUGUAACAAGACUGGAAAGAUAAAUAAAGUUAUCACUUUUUAUAUAAAACAUAAA